AAACUAAAACCGGAUAUUGGGUUUCGACAAGUUAUUUUGUGUGGAGAUUCCGAUUGUUUAUUUUUUUACUAAUUUUUUUGUAACAGAAAAACAAAACAAACAAACCCAUUACGCCACAAGAACUGAUAAGUACGGGGGUUCAAUAGUUACCAUUCAUUUAAUUAUAUUUAUUUAAUUUUUAUUCAGGUUUACCAUUCCUAAUCAUCCAUUUUUUAAAUUUAUAUAGGGAAGCGUUAUCCACACAGCUCUGUGAAUAGUGAAUAACGUUGAGCGUUAUCGGCAGACCGAUAUCUGCGAAUAACGCCGAGCGUUAUCGGCAGGCCAAAAUCUGCGAAUAAUGCAGAGCGUUAUUGUUAGACAGAAAUGUUCCCAUAAUUACGCUCAUUUCUAGAAAUAAUUAAGAUCACAUUCCAAGCCGGGGUAGGGGUAUAGUUUUAAGUAGUGUAGGAUAGAUCGAUCGUUAAUGAGAAUGGCACAAACACAUCUCAAAACCGAAGCUACCGGUAUGCACAAGUUAAAUUUUAAAAAAUUUAAUAGGCCUAACUAUAGCCUAUAUAUUGGAUAUAGGAUAAUUAAUUGUGCCUACAUCUGCUCUGUUAGGGCAGAUAUCACAAUGUACAGUUAGAACAGCUGUAUCUGACUUAAACAUGGUUUAUGCGGCUCAUCUGCAUGUCCAUGUAUGGAAGUAAUAACAUGUUGCACUCAACAUGGCAUGUUGUUUACAGUUUUUUGACGAAACUUGAAUGAACAUUUUAACAAAAUAGAUUGAAACUUUUAACAUAAGUAACAAAACUACAUGAAAAUAAUAUUAAAACUAUGUGAACAGAAUAAGAAAGCCAUAUGAAGAAUAUUAUUAUAAUAUAACACUACGAAAUUAAAAUUAAAUUUUUUUAAAAAAAAUUUUAUUUAUAAAAAUGAGGCUUCCCCGACGGGGAAUCGAACCUAUGUCUGCCGGGUGACGGGCGGAGAUACUGACCACUACACUACCGAUGAGAUGUUUACAUACGAACUUUGUAUUUUAUAUUCAUAAUUUAAUUUAUCACAUUCUGCGAAUAAUGUCGAGCGUUAUCGGCAGACCGAAAUUUGUGAAUAACGGCUAGCGUUAUCCGCACAGCUAUGUGAAUAAUCACUUCGAUUUAUAUAUGUAAUUAAAAUAUAAUUAAAUUGUAUACAUUAUACUGAAACUCUUUAGUCUUUAGUAAAGAACUCACUCUUUAGUCUUUACUAACUAUAGGCGCAAUUUAUUUAUUCAUAUUUAUUUUAUAUAUAAAUAAUGCUAGGCCUAUAAAGUAAAUACUAAUAUAGUAUAGUAUAGGCAUAGUACUGUCUAAGUACUCAUACUCAAAGUAGACAUUGCAUAGGGCUAGGCCGCCGAGGAAAUUUCAGCAAUUUAUGAAAAAUAAAUAUUACACUCCCACUAGUCCCACUCAAUAAACCCACUAAAGACUAAAUACACUAAAUAGCAGGCCUUAAAUUUAAUAGAAAUGCUAAAUAGCCAUUCAUAUUAAUUUUAGUUGUUAGUUUAAAUUUAGAGCUCAGUGUGUGUUAACGCUAGUACUGAUAAUGUCUGAGUCUAUGUUAAUAAGCCUAGCCAAAUUUAAUUCUAAUAUAUUGUUAUUAUAGUAGUAGUAGGCCUACUGGGCAUUCGUAAACUUACUUAGGCCUAGGCUUAAUUAAUUUGUCUUUUUUUUGUUGUUGUUAGUCCAAUGAGUAAUGAGACUAAUCUGCAAACCUCCAAACGCCAGUCCCAAAUUCUAAACACUAGUAAAACGCAUUGAAUAAACAGUUACUUUGGCAGUUCAGUCAUGUUUUACUAAGAACAUGGUCAGAUGUGAUAAUUGUCACUCAGCAACUUUAAUUACUGUCCGAAAACAUGUUCUUUGCAUCUAUAGAGCCACUGGAAAGCACACAAGUCAAAAUUAUAUUGGAAACAGGCCAAUUUAUGCUUGGCCUGCAUCUAAAGUCCCUCAAUAGUCUGGAUGAACGGGAUGUACAAAAUCUUAAGCAUGAACUAUGAAAUCAUGCUGAUAAACUCCAUUAUUGAUUUGAUCGAUGAUAGCAUAGCCAGCCCAUGCAUCAGUAACAUUUUAAUGACAUUCAUUUCCUGAAAAUACAUGAUCAAUUAUAAUAUAAUGCGUUCAGUUCAAGCAUUGAGGCAUUUCUCCACGCUGCGAUUUCCUACCAACAUUGACCUGUAACACAUUCAACUAUUUCACAUGUUUAUCAAAGUGGCCUCUUUCCAAGCUACUUGUGUGCUUUCCGCUGGCGCUUUCGUAAAGAAAAAAGAACAACUUGAUAAUUUAUUAGUACUGUUACUAGUUUUGUAGUAAUAGUAAUAUGGUACGUUAAUUAUUGACGUAAGGCCUAUCGCCUAUGUGCUAUAAUAUCUGCUAUUUACCAUUUAGAUUUCUUUAUCUGUGGCAUGGUGUUAGUAUUUAGGUAGAAUACUAAGUAGGUAAAGAUCCCUGUUAGUUAGCGAUAUUGGUUUUACCAAGAGUUUUCUCAAUGUAAAUGCAGUGAUGUCAGUCAGGGGAAUCCCAACAUUCAACAUCGACUUAGUUCACUAAGGUGACCAGACCAACAGUUGGACCUGAUUAUGUGUAUAUCAAGUAUAUGAAUAACUUUCCUGUUUUUCAAGGAGCAUCUGCAUUAUUCACAUGAUAAACUUAAUCUUUAAACUAUAUAAACUGGGCUCAUGGUAGGCAAUUUGAAUAAUAGCUUUUUGUUUCUAUUUCUAGCCACACAUAGGGCCAUUCAGGAACUCAAGGGUUCUAAAACUUGCAGCUCAAAUUUUAUUGUGCUGAUCAUAAAGUGAUUGUUGUCACUAACUAAAUAUAUGGAAUUACUAUGCUCUAGUAAGGGUGGUUUGAUUUUGUUGCUGAAAACCCUCCACUAAGCUCUCUAUUUGUUAAAAUAGAUGCAGAUUGUUGGUUACUUUAACUUAAGCGCUUAUACAAAUACAAUCAUAAAUGGAAGUUAGAAUACAAACAUUCACAGUACCCGGUACGGUAAUUACAUAUCCUUACAUAUAUAACUUAAGCGGUGGAUAGAGCACUACUUGGAAAUAUACGCAAUGAUAAACCAAGUCUCAACCACUGCCCUGGACGAUAUCCCAGACUUGCCGGUCAUGGAGGAGCUUGAUACCCUACCCACAAUAGAAGAGCUACGUAGAGCCAUCGAUUGUCUCGCCAGUGGGAAAGCCCCGGGCAAUGAUGGUAUCCCACCAGAAGCUCUCAAAUGUGGAAAAGGAGUACUAUUACGGCCCUUGCACGAUCUCCUUACUCUGUGCUGGGAACAGGGACAGCUACCACAAGAGUUGAAAGAUGCAAACAUCGUUACAUUGUACAAAAAUAAAGGAGACAAGAGUAACUGCAACAACUAUCGUGGAAUCUCCCUCCUCAGCAUAGUUGGAAAGGCUUUCGCCCCAGUUGCAUUAACACGCCUACAGACCCUAGCAUCGCGUGUACUCCCAGAAUCGUAAUGUGGUUUUCGCGCCGGUAGGUCAACCAUAGACAUGAUCUUCUCUCUGUGCCAGCUGCAGGAGAAGUGCAGGGAGCAACAUAUGCCUUUAUACAUUGCGUUUGUCGACCUCACAAAGGCUUUUGAUCUUGUCAGCAGAAGCGGCCUGUUUCAGAUCCUCAAAAAGAUAGGCUGCCCUACGCGACUGCUUAACAUCAUCAAGCAGUUCCACGAAAACAUGCAGGACACAGUGUGCUAUAACGGUGUUGCCUCAGAAGCUUUUCCAGUGAGUAGUGGAGUUAAGCAAGGUUGCGUGCUGGCUCCUACUUUAUUUGCAAUCUUUUUCCCCAUCCUACUCCAGUAUGCCUUUCAGAACAACAGCGAGGGGAUAUACAUCCACACUAGAGAUGACGGCAAAUUAUUAAACAUUGCCCGCCUUAGAGCUAAGACUAAAACAAGAAAGGUCUUGCUGCGAGAGUUCUUGUUUGCAGACGAUGCCACUUUGGUAUCUCAUACAGCUUACGGCCUGCAGAGCCUCGUAUCCAGCCUAUCCGCUGCCUGCAAAGAGUUUGGCCUGACAAUUAGCCUAAAGAAAACUAACAUUAUGGCACAGGGGGCUGACUCCCUCCCCACUAUCGCCAUCGACGACUACGACUUGGAUACUGUUGACAGUUUCACAUAUCUGGGAUCCAACAUAUCGAGCACCCUCUCAAUGGAGGAUGAGAUAAGUGGGAGGAUAGGGAAGGCCGCAACUGUUAUGGCCAGACUGAAGAAAAGAGUCUGGUCAAACGCCAAACUAACAACAAGAACUAAGCUGCAGGUGUACCAAGGCUCAAUGGCUUCCACCUCAGAUGCCUGCGCCACAUCCUUGACAUUAAAUGGCAAGACAAAGUCCCCAACACGGAUGUCCUGUCCCAAACAAACAUGUGUAGCGUCCCAGCCAUGUUAAUCCAAAGACGCCUCCAAUGGCUUGGACACGUCAAGCGAAUGCAAUCUGGUCGCAUACCAAAGGACGUGCUAUACAGCGAGCUGGCGACAGGGAAAAGGUCAGUUGGACGGCCUCGUCUGAGAUACUUAGACAUAUGCAAAAGAGACAUGAAGUCCUCUAACAUCGACAUCUCAAACUGGGAGGAGUUGGCAGAGGAUCGAUCCUCAUGGCGGGGCAUCGUGAAGGCAGGAUCACUACAUGCCGAGGAUCAAAACAGGGCGGAAACAGCUGCAAAAAGAGCGAGGAGGAAGGCCGGUAAAUACUGCUCCACCGCAUUCGUGUGUGGGAAAUGUAACAGAGACUGCCAUUCGAGGAUUGGUCUCACCAGCCACACCAAGAGUUGCAAGCAAUAAAGAUAAUCUAUCGUCUCCCGCAGACGGAAAGAUGCCAUACAUACAUACAUACAUAUAUAACCCAGUUCAUAGUGAUGAUUCAAUUUUUAUUUUUCAGAAUGUCUCAAGAGGCUAUUUCACCUGAGCUGUUUAUUGAGAGGCAGCAAUUUGUGGAAUCUGCCAAAGUAUUCUUGGAAACAGAGAGGAAUAAGCUGGAUAAAAUGUUGGAAAGCUUAGGGUUUACCAUGGAACAGCUUUUAAAGGUACCCGCUAUAUAUAAUUAUGUUUUAAAAAUGAUAUUAACACUAAAGUGUGUAUUUAUAAGUCAGUGAUUGAGUGAUUGUUAUUGAGUUCAUAAAAAUACAAGACCUAUUGUCUGUCACAGAUAUGAAUAUAUGGGAGACAAGUAAUAUGGGAGUUAUUACUUAUGUAAUAUACAGAGUAUUGGGACUUUAAAGAAAACUAGCCAAUAAGAAGAGAGUAAGGAGUGAAAACAAAAUGAUGCUUGAAUAAUCCAUGAUGUUUAUAUAAGAAUAUUGAACAGGUUAUGUGUUGUUAUAUUAUGAAGUUUAAGUGAAGAAGAGUAUCCAGAGAAGCUAGUAAUUGAAGUAUUGAGAUUAAUAUGAUAUUAGUUCCAAGUAUGUUAGGAUUUUCAUGAGAUUUAUUUUGUGUUGUGAUCGUGUAUAAUAAAAUAUUAGUCACUAUUAUUUGACCACUUCGCCUUUGUUAUGAUUGAUAUCGAGAUUGUGAUUGUGACACCUAUAUUUUUAAAAAGUAAUUUACACACAGUAAUUUAAUUGUUUAGAUAGUCUCAUUCUAUAAGUGUCCAAAGUCUAAUUAUAUUUUAUUACUAGGUAGAAUGGCUGAAAUGUAUAACAUUUUAAAUACUUUUAAUUUCAUUCUUUAAAUUCCAUUUUCAGUCUGAGAAAAAGCAAAUGUGCCCAUACAAUGAGGAUCAUAUAAUACCAGAACAGUCAUUUAAAAAACACACUGAGAUAUGCAAGCUAUUAAAAGCAGGGUAUCAGAAGGAUGAACUAGUAAAACAAUGUUUUUCUCUUAUUUUGUCCAUAUCAUAAUUAGAAUUUAUCUUGAAUAGCAAGGGUCAGGGAACUUUUAAUCCAUUAACCCAAAAUAUAUUUGUUUAAGCCGUCUCCUCAUUUGCAAUUUUAAAGCUUAAGGAGCGUAAGGAGUGGCAACAAUAUGGUUGUGCGACGGGUGCAGAUCGCACAGGUGACCCCCCUCACAUAGGGGCGACACCAAAUGGAAAAUGUCAAAUUUGACCGCUCAACCAAGUCAGUUUCAUAAUUGAACUACCUGGUAAAUAAAAGGGAAGUCUGGAGGGGGUGACAUCUUGAGUUUACCACACUUUCUUACACUAAACCUAGUGAGGCCACAGAGAAUAAGAUAAAAUAGGCAACUAGACCAAAAUGAUGCAUAUAAGAUAAGACAUGUGGUUACACAAAUUGCCAAGCCACCCCCGUUCGCCAACCCCUGUUGUAUAGUAAAUACAUAGUAAGUGGUAAUCCUUUAUAUCUGUUGGAUAUUAUACUACUGGUACCAGGAAGGGCAAAUAUAAAAUUAGUGUGUUAUCUGCAUCAGGAAACCAAUAGCAUAAAUUGAGUCAAAUAUUCUGAUGGAGAAAAUCCAAGUCUUGAUUGUGUAGACCUCUUGGAUCUAUUUUAAUUUAAUCUAAAGGCUAAUAAGGCAUGUGCCCUGUAAAAAAAAGGAUCUAAUUUGUUUUUUUAUUUGAUGUAUGCGGAUAUUCUGAAAUGAUUAACCAAAUAUUCUGAUAUUCUAAUAACGGUCAUAGUAACAAUACUUAAAUUAUACACACAUUUGUUGAACUUGUAUAAUAAUAUGCUCUAAAUGUAUUCCUGUAGUCAGCUCUUCUUCAAGAAACAGACUUUGCUUAUGAGAAGGCAGAAUCCAUUUUAAAAAUUGAAAUUGGUAAAUGUUCAUUUUCCAUAGACAACUUUCAGUUUAAUUCCAUUUGGAUUUCAAGCAAUUUAUAAUGUUGCAUUGAACACGUUUUUAUUCUGAGAACUUACUUUUUCACUUAAGAAUAAUCUUCAGGUCUGUAAAUAAUUCAAAUAUGUUUUAAAGGGAUACAAAUAAUCUUUGUAUGGGAGGAGGAUUUACCAUGUAAGUAGAGUUUAUGUAAUUUUUAAAAAAAAUUAAAUUAAUCAGUUUAUUUUAAAACAUAUAUUACCAUUGUUGUGCUAAAUGGAUGGCUCUUAUUUACUUCAAUGGUUCUCAUCUAGACAUAUCAUGUACCGGUCCACAAAAACUAUACCAAAUUGUUGCUUCCAAACUCCUAUCUCUUAAAAGCACAUCAGACACUACCAGUUUAAUUCCUCCUUUGCUCUUUUUUUAAAGUGAAAACCUGUUGGCCAAUUGGAAAUUGACUAAUUAGAAAUUGUUGACACUGUUAUUUCUCUUAAUUGGAUGCAAUAUCUAAAUAUUCAAGCAUUUCCUAGAUUUACUUUCAAAUGAAUUAAUUAGAAAUUAUUCCUAAAGCAUAACGUUAAAGAAAAACAGUAAUAAUGAAUACAAAAACAAACAAAAAAUGUUUAAAUUAAACUAAAAAACAUGUGGUUACUAGGAGGUAUUCUCAAAAAUAACAAAUGUCUAAAAUGUUAAGAGAAGAAAAAAAAAAUGUGUAUUAAUCUUAUCAUGUUUUUAUUAAAUUUUCAGAUGAAAAGGUAUUAAAUAAAGUCAUAUGGGAUCACUGCAUCCAAAAUGGUCAAGGUAAUUUAAAUGCUGGACCAUUUGCUUUUAUCAGUUAUUUUUAAUGAUGUUAGUUGAGAGAAAGUUUAAGAUUCCAAUUUUUUUUAAAUUAUUUGAAAUUUGUUUUGUACACCAAGAAUGUGAUGCGUUGCUGCUAUUUAUUCACAAAACUAUUGUUGAUGAAGUGCAUAUUUGAUGUAACAAGUUUGAUAACUUUAGCUACUUACUUUACGACACAUCACAUCUUAUAUUAUAUACAACCAUUUUUAAAAUAUAAAGGCAAUGCCAGUAACUAAAUGCUAGCAACUUAACUAAUUUCUUUUAACACAGUGUUCAUUAAGGUUCCAUUAAUAGUUUAUACAGGUCACAGAAGCAUGCCAGUAAGUCACAUUGAUGAAAACAUCAUCCUCACUCAGGAAGACAGAUUGGCUUUGUAUAAACAUGUUGUCAAAGUAUCUCAUGAGGCUGGCAAAGUUAUUCCAGUGGACAGAGAUGAUGAACUACUCACCACUGAUUGGGGUAGUCUUGUUAAAAAAGGUAGGAUUUCUCUGACUAUUCUUAACACUUUAUGUUCACAUAGCGCAUAGUGUAAAAAAAAACAACCAUCUAUCCAUAUUACUUUUUCCCCUGGUAUAAUGAAAAAUAAAUUUCAUCAUCAUCAUGUCCCUUAGUCCUUGGACCGUUGGGGCGCCACAGAUGACAUGUGAACUAUCCUCCUCCAUUCGUCUCUAUCUUCUGCACUACGCACAGCAUCGCCCAGUGUUAGUCCUGUCCACUCUUUGAUGUUAUCCUCCCAUCUUUUUCUUUGUCUUCCUCUUCUUCUCCCUCCUCUUGUGGUGCCCUGCAAUAUUUCUUUGGCAAGUCCUUGUUUCCUUGUUAUGUGGCCGUACCAUUGUAGUUUGUGUUUUUUCACAAUAACCAGGCGGUAAACUCAAUAACUUUAUGAAAAUUACUAUUUGUCAGUGUAAGCGUCAAAAAGACUUGAAAUUCAAUGAAAAUAAUACUUUAAAAAAGCUAUUUCCCUUUUAAAAGUUAUGAUUUACCCAUUGGAGUUGGAUGUGAAUGUAAACAAGUUAGAAUGUUAUGGGGAGAUUUUUCUUUUUUGCAAUCUUAUUCUGUCUUGUGGCUAUGAUGGUUAAAUUCGGUAGUCGCCUAUUAGCGUGGUUUGGAUAUACAUUUUUAAAACAUGUUUUAAUGAAUUUAUUGUUAGUUAUAUUUUAUAUACUGUUACUUACUUUGUCAAAAGACUAAUAAAUUUAAAUUUAAUAUAAAGAUAAGGGAAAUGAGCUUGACAAGGGGAUUUUAUGAAACAGAACAAUAACCUAUGAUAGCUCAUAAAUUUUAAAGUCAUUGCACUUUAUAUCUUUAGCAAUGUCACAUUUUUAACUUAAAUAUUUAGAAUAAUUUUAAUAAAUUGUUUCACAUAAUAAAUUGAAUAGAAAAUUAAUAUUGCUUACCUCUAAAUCUUUUUUUAUUUAAAGAACGUUGGAUUUCUUUAAAUUAUGACUAGUUAGAGUCAAUGGCGGCAUGAACUGCAUGAACUUCCCAUCUAAAGUUUCUUGACAAAACAUGCACACAAGUAACACACUUUUUAAGAAUCUCAAUUAGUAAAUUAGUGCUACACCCCGGCUCCCCAGGUUAUGCCACCCCACACUUUUUUUUUAACGCCCGACCUAUAUUAAUAUUCCGAUGUCCCACCCCAUUUACACAGUCGAUUUAUGAGACCAUAAAUUGAGACUAUUUCAAUUUCCAUAAAACAAAAGAAAAUAUGCACACUUGCUGUAUUUUUAAGAAUAUCAUUUAGCGCAGUUAUCAGGAAUUUAUUUUGAACUCUAUUGAACUCAACAUUACAAUUACACCAUACCUUCUUUCCUUCAUCCCAAGAGAAUUAUAAGUAUUGAUAAAAUGAUAUAGAAUCUCACUACCAUUUGUAGGUCUGCUGGAUGAACAAAACAAUAAACAGUAUUCUUCCAAGCUUGAACAAUUGGCCGUCCUGAGAGAUUUGAAGAGGAGACGACAGAGUUAUAGAGCGAAAAAUGUGCACAUUACCAAGAAAUCAUAUACAGAGGUAAUGCUUAUUUAUUUGGCUAAUUAUGUAUGGAGAUACACUAAGUUGGACAUCAUUAUUUUUUAUUUUGUUUGAAUUAAAUAAUUUUUACAAGUCAUUGGGCUUUAGGGGCCAUCCAUAUAUUACUACACACACAAAAGGUCCUUUUCUCACUAGGAGUGUGGGGGUUCCGACUGUACCCGGGACAUCAUUGCACGGGGUAGACUCCCUCUCUGAAGAAUGACACCAAAUGAAAUGUAGUAAAUUUGACAGAGCUAAAUUAAGUAGGUUUUAUACCGAAACUAAGUAUAAUACAAGAGCAGCGUGUAAUUGGAGGUCCAUGGAGAAGUCGGGGUAGGGUGACACAUGAGAAAACCGCAAUGGGUGGAAAGAAUUCUAGUGACCCCACCGAACAUAAGAUAAAAUAGGCAACAAUGCAAAAAAUGAGGCAUACAAGAUGAGGGGUGAGCGCUAGCUGCUGAGCCACUAGUAAUUUAUUGGGUUCCUUUGGCUAUUGCGCAGGCCAGAUACAGUAUUUCGAGGGAGAAAAAAAAUGCUUCAAAUAUAAUUUUGUCUUUUGAGCCCUCAUUACCCCCAAAAUAUCCAUUUUUACCCCAUUUGGGGUAAUUUAGAGAUAUAAUUAAUAGGGUAGUUUAGGGCUGUCAGAAUUUCAGGAUAAAUAUGGCAGAAUGUGUGUAUAAAUGUAUGUAUACACUAUGCUAAGACCCACCCUGCCCUUUUUAAAAAAUUCCUAAAUCAGCAACCUCCUCAUUACUUAAGUAAUAUGCCGAUGGCCACUACUUACUUGAUAAUAAAUUGAUUUCUUUUUGGCAAUGUAUCCAUUCAUUUUUUUAAUAUUUUUAAAUAUUGUUUCCAUUGUUUUGAAUAAAUUUUCAAUAUUUUUUUCUGAAAAGAUUAUAAGAGAGGUGAUAUCAAACCAAAUGGAGAUAUUAGUGCCGGAAAGUAGCAGCAGGCAAUUGACAAGUCUGGGAGGUGAAUCAGAAGAGUUGCCCACCCCUGACAAGAGACAUGAAAGUAGGAAGGAUGACAGUAGAGAUAAAGACAGUCGACGAGAUUACAGAAGUAGAUAUAGACAAGAUUCUAAAGAUUAUGAAUGGAACAGAUCAAGCAAGAGGGACAGGUCAAGAGACAGAAAAAGGUCAAGAGAGACAUCUAAAGAAAGGGACAGAUCAAAUUAUAGGAGUAGAGAAACAUGCAAGUCAAGGGAGAAGAAAAGAGGUCAAAAGGAUUCUUACAAAGAUCCUGGAAAAAAUCGAAUUCACAGAGAUGAUGAAGGUUCAACUGAUCAGACUAUGGAAUUUGAUGAAGGCAAACAGACUGAUUGUACAGAUUGUAAUACAUCUAGAUCAGGGACUGAUGCAAAUCUAUUGUGUGAAAUAAAAACAGAAAAAUUCACAGAUGAUAAUGCAUCGUAUGAAUCAACCCAAUUACUAAAAACCAGCUGUUCAGAUUCUGAUAGUGAUGAUAACUAUGAUAAAAAAUCUAAGCAUAAAAAGAGUAAACAUAAGAAAAAACAUGGUAGUAAAAAAAGUAAAAAACAUAAGAGGAAAUAUUAAACUUUAUAUUUCAUGCAAGCUUACCAUAAUCUUGUUUGUUAUUUAACCAACAUCCCAAAAUUUGUGUACUGUUGAAUAUGGCAGAAUAAUUUAUUAUUUCCUAAAAAUGCAAGCCUUAAAAAUAUAAAGAACAAUAGACAAGAAAAGUAUAGAUAGUUCUUUUUAUUUGUUCAAUAACAUCCUCAAUGAUCUCAUCACCAAUAAAGCUAAAUAUUAAAUAAUAAAAACCAAUGUACAACAGAUUCACCCUGG